AUGUUUUCAUCACAACAUAUUCUAUUAACCAAUGGAUUGACUCUUUUUGGUUUAUGUUUUGUUAGUCUUGUUGGUGAUUGUUUAUGUUUUGGUCGACCUCUAUCAAUUUAUACUGUUCCAAAUAUUUAUCUUCGUUCUCUAACUGAUAAUCUAACACACGGAUUAAUUAGUGUUUUUGCUACAAGUUUUCUAUUUGGUUGGACUCAACGUUCAUUAUUAAUUAUUGCAUUUUUAGCUGGUUGUUUUAUUGAUAUUGAUCAUUUUAUUGAAGUACAUUCAUUAUCAUUAAAUCGCGUAUUAAAUAGUCAACGACAAGAUCGACCUUUUCUUCAUAAUAGUCUUUUUUUGUUAACGAUUACUUUCGUUGCUUAUGGUUUUGAAUAUUUUCUAUGUCGAAAUCAACAUAGUUAUUAUUCAAUAAUAUUUUUUCUUGGUUGGUCAACGCAUCAUUUAAGAGAUGCUCAAAGACGUGGUUUAACUUUAUUACCAUUGGGAGAAACUUCACCUAUUUAUCAUUAUUUACCUAUUAUGUGUUUUGUAUUAGUAACUAUGAAAUUAACUCAUAUGUUGAAAUCCCUUACUCUUCAUAAUUUACAUUUAAUUCAAGUUUUUCCAGAAAAUAUCUAUUUCAUUGAAGGUUUGAAAUCAAUAUGGUUUGAAAAUUGUAUUAAUAUUCAUUUUCUUCUAUCUUCUAUUGCUAAACAAUCGUUAAAAAAUGUUAUAUUACGUCAUUCAACAUGUGAUCGUGCUAUAUUAACAACUUUUCUUGAUCAAUUGGAUACACUUCGCUAUCUAGAUUUGACUUCAUUACAAAUUAUUAAGUCAUCAAAUCAUAUCAAUGAACGAUUAAAUCUACCAUCUAAAUUAAAAAUCUGUAGCUUAAAUAAUACAAUAUUAAAAUUCUGUUCUUCUCUGCCUCAUAUAUCAUUACGUUCACUUGAAUUAAUCGAUGUUAAUGUUGAUUUAUUAUCAAUUGUUCUCAAUACAUUUCAAUCACUAAAAAUAGUGUGUCUUUUUUUUACAAGUAAAAAUCCUUCAUUAUUAUCAAUAAUUAAUCAUCUUCAACAAGAUCAAUAUUUUAAAUUAUUAAUUCAUUUUCAUUUACUAUUCAUUGAUGAUGAUGAAAAACAAUCAUUGCCAUCGAAUAUUUUAAUAAUGCCAAUAAAAAAUUCUCUAUCUUGUUUUCGUUAUCAAAAUCUAAUUGAAUAG